CGUCCGCAUAUCGUUAACCUUCUGAAUUCACGUGUGGCUGGUGGAUGCUUCAAUCUCUUUGAUAUAAGCUCCCGUACGGGAGCAUAGCGCAUAUACCCACGGUCCAGCCAUAUGCGUUGCGUGCCAUGCAUCUAUUUGUCCUAGCACCUUGAACAAGAAAUAUUGGACCCCAAAAAGCAUUGUGCACUGCUUGGAGACCAUUCUGACGUCAGGUUGCAAGUGCUGUGUCGCAAUCAAGACAUAGUAAGAGCUAUCGACGCAUCAGCGACCAAACAGCCGUGGUUAAUAGUGGAUAACCAACAAGACUGAAUACUAUGCGGCGACUCUUCAAAGGAUUGUUUCGCAGCGGGACUGAUGGGCAACAAAACUUACCCAAAAUACGCGUUGGCGUAUGCGCGAUGGACAAGAAGGCGCGCAGCAAGCCCAUGAGGGAGAUUCUGGAUCGCCUGACUGGAUGGGGCGAAUUCGAGGUCGUCAUUUUCGGGGACGACGUUAUACUUGACAAGCCGACGGAUGAGUGGCCCCACGUCGAGUGUUUGUUGUGCUGGCACUCCGACGGGUUUCCCCUUAAGAAGGCUCAGGAGUACAUCCUUAACCAGCGGCCAUUCCUAGUAAACGACGUCUUCAUGCAGGAUGCACUGCUGGACCGACGGCGGGUGUACCGGCUGCUGGUGGAGAAGAACAUCCCCGUGCCGACCCACAUCAUCGUGGACAGGGAAAGCCUGCCGGAGGGCGUCGCCGACCCGCCGGGCUUCGUCGAGGAUGAGGACUACGUUGAGCUUAACGGGCUGCGCAUCUACAAGCCCUUUGUGGAGAAGCCGGUUAGCGGGGAGGACCACAACAUCUGGGUCUACUACCCGCACUCCAUGGGCGGCGGCGUCAAGUACCUGUUCCGCAAGGUGGACGACAAGGCCUCCAAGUACGACUGCGAGCACCCGGGUCGCGUGCGCCGGGACGGCUCCUACAUCUACGAGGAAUUCCUGCCCACCGGGGGAACGGAUGUCAAGGUCUACACCGUGGGGCCCAGGUACGCCCACGCCGAGGCUCGCAAGUCCCCGGUGGUGGACGGCAAGGUGCUGCGCAGCGCGGACGGCAAGGAGAUGCGCUUCCCGGUGCUGCUGAGCCCGCAGGAGAAGGAGAUUGCGCGCAUGGUGUGCCUAGCGUUUGGCCAAAAGGUGUGCGGCUUCGACCUACUUCGCUCCGAGAAGGGGCGCAGCUACGUGUGCGACGUCAACGGCUGGUCCUUUGUCAAGAACUCCAAAAAGUACUACGACGAUGCGGCCGGCAUCCUGCGCUCCAUCAUCCUGUCGGCGUUGGCGCCCCACCGGCUCAACGUGCAGCCCAACCUGCCGGCGCCGUCCAGGCUGACCAACCCGGAUACGGGCAGCACGGUUGUGAGCGAUGAGGAGGACGAUGACGCGCUGGUUCCCGGCAUGGACGUGAGCGAGGUGCGCCACACCGCCAAGCGGAGCCAGAAGGAGGAGCUGCGCUGCGUGCUGGCAGUGAUCCGACACGGAGACCGCACCCCCAAGCAGAAGCUCAAGGUGGUGGUGACCCAGGAGCCGCUGCUGACCCUGUUCCACAAGUACAAGGACGCCAAGGGCAAGCAGGCCAAGCUCAAGUCGCCUCUGCAGCUGCAGGAGCUGCUGGACAUCACACGGCAGCUGGUCAAGGACUGUGAGCGCCGUGAGGAUGACAAGGACGGCGGUGCCGCGGCGGGCGCGGAGGAGCGCGAGGCGGCCCAGGAGGUGCGCGGCAAGCUGCGCAUCAUGCAGACGGUGCUGGAGAGCGGCGGGCAGUUCUCCGGCAUCAACCGCAAGGUGCAGAUCAAGCCGCUGCGUUGGGGCAUUGCGCCGGAGGGGGCGGCGGGCUCGGGAGGCGGCGCCGGCAGCAGCGGCGGCUCCGCGGGUGCGGCUGCGGCCGGCCCGCAGGCGGCUGGGGGCGCGGUGAUGGCGGGUGUGGGCGGCUCCAUGGAGAUGCUGACGGGCCUCGGAUCCGGCACUGACCCCCACUCCUCCUCCGUGGCUACGCUGCACAACUCCCCCAGCGCGGGCGCCAACGUGUCCGCGGGCGGCACCCCGGUGCUGGAGGAGGCGCUGCUCAUCCUCAAGUGGGGCGGCGUGCUCACCCACGCGGGCAGGCAGCAGGCGGAGGACCUGGGCAAGGUCUAUCGCAUGGUCAUGUACCCCAGCGGCGGCAAUGGACUGCUGCGGCUGCACUCGACCUACCGCCACGACCUCAAGAUCUACUCCUCGGACGAGGGCCGCGUGCAGACCUCUGCUGCCGCCUUCACCAAGGCCAUGUUGGACCUGGAGGGCAGCAGCCUGACGCCCAUCCUGGUGUCGCUGGUCAACAAGGACGCGUCCAUGCUGGAGGCGUUCGGCAAGGGCGCCUCGGACGACAUCGCGGAGGCAAAGGAGGCGCUCUACCAGGCCAUGACAUGGGACCCGGAGAAGCCCUCCAUGGCGCCGCUGGCCGUCUCCAAGCUGUCCCAGACGCCCAUGAUCAGCCCCCCGCUGUCUCCCAAAAUCAGCCGCGCCUCCUCCUUUGCCACCGGCAAGGGCGCCGCGGCAGCUGCGGCAGCCGCGGCCGUCUCGACAGCUCCCGGUCAGCCACAGCCCGCCCCUGCGCCUGCGACCGCGGCGUCGCUGCAGGGUGCCGCUUCCGGCGAUGCGGGCACUCCGCCUCCGCCCAACGUGCUGCCGGUGCUGCAGCGCAUGAUUGACCGGCUGCAUGCACUCAAGGCGGCGGCGCGCGCGAGGCUGGCGGAGAUAGAUCGCGAGCGGGAGGCUGAGGCAGCGGCUGAGGCACGUGCGGCAGAGCGGCAGCGGGAGGCGGCCCAAAAGGCUGCUGCCGACACUCCUGCCGCGGACGCUCCCUCGUCUGCCGAGCCCGCCGACCCGGCUGCUGCCGCCCCUGCUGCUGCCGCGCCGCUGCCGUACCCGCAGUCCACCCGCCUCAGCCCGCUGUCCAAACGCUCCAUGGAGCCGGUCGCGGCCGCAUGUGCGGGCGCCUGCCAGCACACGCUGCUGCACGCCACCUGCGCGCCCUCCAUCAUCGCCAGCCUGCCCGACACGCCGCUGGGGCUGCUGCGGCGCCUGGUGGAGCUGCUGAAGCGGCUGGAGGACCGGCUGCGGCAGCUGGUGCGGGAGGAGGGCGACAAGUGGCGCGCCGGCGGCGGGCCGCAGAAGUACAGCUCCCUCAGCAUGGACCCCAAGGAGCGGCUGCAUGAGGACGGGCAGCCGUGCGGUGGCGAGAAGAUGCUGCUGAUGUUUGACAGGUGGCACAAGCUGCUCAAGUCGUUUUACAACGAGAAGAAGGACCGCUUCGACAUCUCCAAGGUGCCCGACAUUUACGAUUCGGCCAAGUACGACGCCAUCCACAAUGCGCACUUGGGCCUGGAGGCGCUGCAGGAGCUCUACAUUGUCGCCAAGCUGCUGGCGGACGUGGUGAUCCCCUGCGAGUACGGCCUGGACGCGGGCGGCAAGCUGCGCAUUGGAUCCAAGAUCGCCAACGAGCUGCUGGGCAAGCUGCUGGUGGACCUGGCCUCCAUGCGCGAGGAGUCGCUGGCAACCGCCUGCAUGGAGCCCAACGCCACCCGGGGGGGCAGCGGCACGCCCACACUGGGCUUCAACUAUGACCAGUUGGAGGGAGACGUUGGCAGGAUCUCGCUCCAGGACGAAGCCAUGGUCAAGAACGGCAACGGCCGCGGUCCCGCCUCGGCGGUCAGCAGUUCCCGCGGCGGACCCAUGGGUCGCGAGGGCGACAUGGAUGGCAACGGCGAGCUCGAGCCGGCGGAGACCGAGACCAUCCACCGCCUCUGCCCCACCUACGCCUCCGACAUCAACUCCCCGCUGCGUCACGUUCGCACCCGCAUCUACUUCACCAGCGAGUCGCACAUGCACUCCCUCGUCAACGUGUUGCGGUGGUGCCACCUGGGGGCGGAGGCGGCGGACGCAGGCGUGCCGCCGCCCGUAACGCCGCCGUCGGGCACAGGCGGCACCUCCAGCCCCGACCUGCGUGCCUCCAUGGGCGGCAGCGCUCCGGCGGCCGGGUCCUUUGCACGCAGCGGGGGAGCUGAUAGCGCGUCCUCGCCCAUGGCGGCGGCUGCCGCGGCUGCUGCUGCUGCGGGCAGUGGCGACAUGCUGUUCCAGCGCCAGUUUGACAGCUCUCCGUUGCUGGGCGAGGCGGCGUGUGCGCAGGUUGAUGAGACGACCGAGCUGGACUACCUCACGCAGGUUGUCUUCCGCAUGUAUGAGAACAAGACGGUGUCGUUCGACAGCCCCGAGCGCUUCCGCGUUGAGGUGCUGUUCUCGCCCGGCGCCAACUACAACCCUUUCCACUUCUCCAUGCCGCUCCACAACAACCACGUGCUGCCCACCGUGCCGCGUACGGCGCUGCACAAGAACGACGGCAUCACGCUGGCGGAGAUGGAGGAGAAGCUGCUGCCCUUCUCGCAGACCCGCAAGUUCAACAAGUGCAGCUACGCGCUGCAGUACAGUCUGCGGGCGCCGCACCUGCAGCUGUCGGGCCGGCUGGGUAGCGGGGGGCACUCCAUGGCGCGCAGCACCGCAUCUAUGGCGGGGAACGAGGUCCAGGCGGGGGAGGCGGCGUUGAAGGCGGCGGGGGCCUCGGCGUCGGGUGAGGCUGCUUGAACAGGCCGCGAGGAAGGUAGUUUGGAGUGGGCUCAGGGCAAUGUUUGAAGGGCAGCGUGUUGCGUUCCCUCGCUGUCAUGCAAGCAGCAGGCGUUUUAAACGUCUGGUACGGCUUGAAGGUAACUUAGAUCCGGCGCCCCUGUUUUGGGGUACGGAGUGGAUUGGUUCUUUGGGAAGAGGUGACUGACGCAUAGUGAUUCGCUUGGUAGUUAUUGCGUCUCAAUGUAGAUGGCACAAUUCAUCACUCUUAGGGCAGCAUUGCUCCUUUAGCUGAACGGUGAC